CGCAUAAAAAUUGUUAUAUUAAAAUUGCUCGUGUAAACGGGCCUAUAAAGAGAGAAAACUGCGUGGAAUUUCAUUGGUAGACGACCGUCGUCAUGGAUUUACCUGCAAACGUUUGUUUGAAACCCGACACUCGCUAAGUUACAUCAUUUGGCUAGAAGACGCAAGAAGACAUCAUUUGGCAAGAAGACGACAAAUUUAAAAACUGUAAAACUACAUGUGUGGUGUCUCAAACAUGAUGAGUAUUGCGUCUACAUCAGGACCUACUUCUUACGAAAAGAUGUCUUUGCCAUCUCCCAUGAGUGACAACGACUAUGACGACAUUGACAAAACUCCUUCUUCAGCAGUACCUGAUGAUAAUAACAGUGAAGUCAUCAUUGGUGUUUCGCCUUCCACAUCAAAACCAGAAUUGCUGUCUCAACCAUGGAAAUGUUAUGAUAAAUCAAUAAUGCACCAGCAAAAGUUCAGAAUGAUGGAGAAAUAUGGGCAGGAAAAUCCAAGAAAAGUUAAACUUGUAAAUGGUGUAAAGGUUAUUUGUUCUGAAGAGUUUUUGCUUGGUAAAGGAAGUGAUGGAACUCGUGUUUACCUUGGACUCGGAAAAGAUGGUUAUGGAAAAGCCGUAAAACGAUUGCUUCGAGAUAGCUGCGCGGAGUUAGCCAAACGAGAAAAAGAUAUUUUGAAUGAGUUGAAACUAAAGCUUUCAAAUUAUGUUGUGAAUUAUUGGUAUCUUGAAGACCCAGGCACAGAAUAUUUGUAUUUGAUAUUAGAUUUGUGCGAGGAAUCGUUAGACAGUUAUGUGAAAUCUUCGUCAUAUUCAGAUCUUCAAAAAGUCGUUCCUAAAGUUCUUAUUCAGAUCUUGAAUGGUCUAGUUCACCUUCACAGUGGUCCGUGUCCUAUUCUUCAUCGGGAUUUAAGACCAUCAAACGUUCUUCGAGAUGUGGAUGGAAAUUUUUUAAUCGCUGACUUUGGUAUAAGUCGAAAAUUAUUAAAUGAAACUUCGACACAUCGAAGCAUACAAAGAGGAGCUAAAGGUUGGAUAGCUCCAGAGUCAUAUGACGCAUCAGAUGAAUCAAUUGAUAAAGUUCGUUACAAAAAAGAGUCUGACGUUAUGAAUGCCGGAAUGGUGGCUUAUUAUGUUGCAACAAAGGGGAAACAUCCUUUUGGAAUUGAACGGCAUAGACUGAACAACAUUUUGAAUGGAAACCCAGUUGGCUUGGACGAAAUCAAGGAUGCCACGCUCAAAGACCUUUUAUCGUGGAUGCUACAGCUAAAACCGGAAGACAGACCAUUGGCCAACGAAGCGUUGAAACACCCUUAUCUACAAAGCGAUAAGGACAAUUUCGAUUUUCUGUGUGAUGUUGUGAAUGAACCAGAAAUAAAGACAUCAUCUCCACAUUCUCUUCCCUCAAAUCUUCGUAAGCAGUUGAAUCUUUCAAUAAAUUGGAUGGACCGUAUCGAUCCUGAAUUCUUUAAUCAUUUCAAUGAAGUAUCCGACUCUACAUGGUUAGGUUGCCUAAGAUUUUUACGAAACGUUCGCCAGCAUUGGCAUGAUAAACCUCGUCCACAACUGUCAUCAUGUGUUAAAGAUGGAAACUAUCAAGAGUAUUUUCUUCAACUUUUUGAGGAACUGCCUUAUCUAGUUCACAAAGCCAUAAGAUUGAGUGACUGGAAAGCAAGACCUGAUCUAGAGAAACAUUUUCCAAACAGUGUAUAUCCUUUCAAACUUGAAGAAUGCAUUAGAAAGAAAAGCGAAGCUGUUAUUGAUUACCCUGAUCUUAACGAUUUCGAUGGAGCCCCCGCAAUUAUUGUCAUGGGAGGAGUCUAUAGCAACCGUGUUAAAGAACAUAUCAGUAAUGAGGUCCUUGAAAAACUGAAAGAAUCAGCCAGAAAGGGAUAUGCAGUCUUAACGAAUGGUGGCACUGCUGUUGAUGCUGUUGAAAAGGCAGUUAGUAUUUUAGAGAGCAGUGACUUAUUCAUGAUAGGUCGUGGAUCUCAAUUGAACAGUAAUGCAAUGAUUAUGGAUGGACACACUUUAAAAACAGGUGCUGUAAUUUCUGGUCGAAAUGUCAAAAAUCCAGUUUGUCUUGCUCGAAAAAUAAUGGAAAAUAAACCACAUUAUGUUCUUAGUGGUGAUGAUGCUCUGAAAUUUGCUCAGGAUAAUGGAUUGGAUUUGUGCGAACCGAAUGAAUUGUUAAAUAGACAAAGACGUCUUCCACCUAAAUAUUUCAAUGCUUGUAUGAGAUAUUUAGGGAGAGAAUAUUUUACUGUUGAUGCGCCUGAAAUUAGACCUGACGAAGUUGACACUUGCGAUUGUGCAUGUGCUGUUGCGAUUGAUAGAGAUGGCAAGUUGGCAUGUGCAACGUCAACAGGUUUUAUUAGUGACACUGCAUUAAUUGGUUGUGGGGGAUAUGCAAAUAAUUAUGGAGCAGCUGCAGCAACUGAACUAAAAUUGAACUUUGCAAGACAAGUUGUACUUCACAUGGAAGCAGGAAGUGCCCAAGAAGCUGUACAGGAUGCUGUGGAUUUGCUUAAAAAUAGCCAACUUGACGAACGCGCAGGAGGAAUUGGCAUUGACAGACAUGGAAAUAUUGGGAAGGCAUUUAGAAAUGACCUCAUGCCUUGGGUUAGCAUCAAAAAUGAUGAAAUGAAAUUUGGGCUGGAAUGGGAUGAAGAAAGAAACUAUCCUUUUGAGUUUAUUGAAAACAAUGGCAUUGUAUAGUUUAUGAUUUAUAUAUGAAUUGAUAUUCAUUCACAAUCGUGCACUGUUGAACUUUAGCAUUUGAAACUAAAUAUUCACAAUUCACACAAACAAAUAAACAAUACAACAAUCAA